ACUUCCGGAGAAGUGGUUUCCGGUCGCCGGUGUCGGUUGCUGUUGAUUGACUGCUCUCUGUGUCUCAGUCUUGCGGGCCCCGAGCCAUGGGUUACAGCGGGCUGACGGUGCCCAUCAUCGUCCUCACCGUUUUCUGGGGGGUGGUGGGCGGCGUCGUGCCGUGGUUCAUCCCCAAAGGACCCAACCGAGGUGUGAUUAAUACUAUGCUGGUGACAUGUGCUGUUUGCUGCUACUUAUUUUGGCUGAUUGCAAUCCUAUCCCAGUUGAACCCACUGUUUGGUCCACAGUUGAAAAAUGAAACGAUAUGGUAUCUAAAAUACCACUGGCAUUGAGUACAGCUCUGCAUACGGCACAUGAUGCCUUACUCUGGAAGUCGGAGAAAGAAGAUAGCUUUACAAAAAACUGCAGACACAACUUGUUUUUCUGCACUUUCGAGAUGCCUCCUAAAACCAGAACUUUUUCCAAACCGCCUUCAGAAACUACGAAUCAUUUUAAAUGCCACACUAUGUUAUAUAAUGUGCUAAUUUAAAUAUCUGACUCUUUUCACUUGAAUUUCCGAAUGCAUUUCUCAUAGCCUUUGGCAGUCGUGAAUUUUGAAUGAUUUUCUUAUACAAAAAAAUUAUACUGGAGAAAUUCUUGUUCCAUGUUUCCACUAUGCAAAAAUUAUACACAUCAAAAUUAUAUACAUGUCUUGUUGAUCACAAAUGGUGGCUUUUGUACAAUCUCCAACCAGUAUUUCUGUUCCGUUCUUAUUUUUGUACCAACCUAGCCUUUAAAUAUCCCAGUGUACAUGAAUAUGUGAACAUUGAAACUCACCAUCCUGCUUUUGCAAAUCUUGCCUUAAUGAAACUCAGCUCGAACCUGAUCUGCACUAUAAUAAACCAAUGUCGCUGGUGAAAACUUA